AUGAAGAUGGAAUAUCAGCCCAUCAAACUUCCGAAGCGGGUGGAGUCUCAUAUUUUCCUUGAUCCCUCUUCAUCUUGGUUUAUGAGCUCGAAGGAGAAACCCACUCUCGGAGGUACGCGGAUUAAGACCCGCAAGCGGAAUAUUGCUGCUCCUCUGGACCCUGCAGCUUUCUCUGAUGCAGUAGUCCAGAUUUACCUUGAUAAUGCUGGUGAUCUGGAACUUGUUGCCAAAAGUAUUGAGUCAACAGAUCUUAAUUUCUCAAGAUACGGUGACAUCUUCUUUGAGGUUGUUUUCAUAGGAAGACGUACACAACCUGGAACAGUGAAACCUGAUGAGGGUGAACGCCAUCCUUACUCUGUAAUCGACUGCGAGCCCAAGCGUGAAGCCAUUUUGCCAUCUGUUGUCUAUAUACAGAAGAUUCUGCGGAGGAGGCCCUCGCUCAUAAAGAACCUUGAAAAUGUUACAAGGAGAUUCCUGCAGUCGCUGGAGCUUUUUGAGGAAAAUGAAAGGAAGAAGCUUGCGAUCUUCACAGCACUUGCCUUCUCCCAGAAGCUCUCAGGGUUACCUCCGGAGACUGUCUUCCAGCCUUUGCUCAAGGAUAAUCUUGUUGCCAAAGGGAUAGUGCUCACUUUUGUAACAGACUUCUUCAAGGAGUAUUUAGUUGAAAACAGUCUCGAAGACUUGAUUUCUAUUCUGAGGCGUGGCAAAAUGGAAGACAACCUUUUGGAUUUCUUACCACCUGUAAGGCGAACUGCUGAAAGUUUUGCUGAGCAUUUCACGAAAGAGGGGUUGACCGAUCUAGUAGAGUACCAUUCAAAGAAAAUGUUUGAAGUGAAACUGAAAGAAAUCAAAACUGUUCUUACAAGCAAGGUCACAGAGGAAAGUAGUGUUGAUGAAGUCAUUGAAACGGUGAAGCAGCUUGUCAAAGACGCUAAACUCCCAGAGAUUGAGGUUGUGCGUAUCGUUUGGGAUGGUUUAAUGGAUGCUGUUCAGUGGUCUGGUAAAAACCAGCAGCAAAAUGCUAAUUCUGUUCUGCGCCAGGUGAAAGCAUGGGCUCCAGUUCUAAACACGUUCUGCAGCAGCGGAAAGCUAGAGCUGGAGCUGAUGUACAAGGUUCAAAUGCAAUGCUAUGAAGAUGCCAAGCUUAUGAAAGUUUUUCCAGAAGUAGUGAGGUCGCUCUAUGAUCUAGAUGUCCUCGCUGAAGACACCAUCCUCCACUGGUUCCGUAAAGGAACCAACUCCAAGGGCAGGCAAACCUUUGUUAAGAGCCUUGAGCCAUUUGUGAAUUGGCUUGAAGAGGCUGAGGAAGAAGAGUGAGUGAACCGUGUAUCCAAUAAAAAGCCUGCUCAGUAUGUUUGUGUUUCUUUAGCUAAAGACAAUAAAUCAACAGAGUUUAUAUCUAAACUCUUUUCCUUGCUUUUGCUGCACUCUGUUUUUUCUUGAUGUAUUUUGGCAAUAACCCUGCUAUGAAUCGAUUGUAUUUCCUUUUUGUGUUGAAUACUUUAUUCUCGGUUUUCAAUAUGGGUUUUUGAAUGUUUUUU